CAGAAUCUAUAUAUAUACACAAACAUCGAAAACAGUCUCUGUAUCUCUGAGAAUCCGAAAGCAAAGGAAGAAAAAGGGUCUGUGAUAAUGGCAGAAAAGGAAGGAGGGGUUGUAAAGAAGGGGCACGAGGAGGGUCUGAAACUUGCUGCUUCACUGCUGCAAGAGUUCGAGCUUCCAGAGGGGCUUCUGCCUCUGGAAGAUGUGAUCGAAGUAGGGCACGUGAAGGGCACGGGAUACAUGUGGAUCGUGCAGAAGAAGAAGGUUGAGCACGAGUUCAAGAAGAUAAAGAAGUUGGUGAGCUAUGACAGUGAGAUAACAGGGUACGUUUCGAAGAAGAAGAUAAAGAAGCUGAAGGGUGUGAAAGCGAAAGAGCUUAUGCUAUGGCCUCCUGUGAGUGAGAUCACAGUGGAUGACCCUCCGACAGGGAAGAUCCACUUCAAGAGUCUCGCUGGUAUCACCAAGACUUUCCCUGUUGAAGCUUUUGCUGCUGGCCAGUGACAUCCAUCUCCAUAUCUAUAUUGCUUUGCAUCCGACCAUCCAAUAACAAAUAAUACCUUCCUUUCUCGAUCAAUACUAUCUUUCAUGUAACAUGUCCCAAGCUCAUCAUCAUAUCUAUCUCAUGUUUUUCUUCAUCAACUU